CUGCACACGCACACGCGCGCGCAGUGCUCAGGCGGCUGUUGCGGGGGGUGGAUGCGUGUCGCGUCGCACGGACGAAAGGUACGGCUCCUUUCUCCGUCUCUGUCUGGCUCAUCUCGCGCGCGUUCCCGGCAGACAAAGUUGACGCGAACGCGACACGGACAACACGGUCCGCGUCUGAAGCGGCGCGGCGUCCUCUCGGAUCGACGCGGUUGCGUACGCGCGCGCCCUGCAUCCUUUCUCUCCCGGUGCGUCUUCUCGCUCUCUUUCUCCCUUUCCAUCCCGCCUGCUUCCCCUCCCCUCGACGUUUCGCGCUCCUCUCUCUCUCCCGUCAUGGCUUGUAAGACGUACCGUUACUCACGCGUCUCUCCUACUGCCCAUUGAUGCCACCGCCGUCGCGUAACUCGUGCGUGCUCCCUACGUGCAUCGCGCGCGUGCGAGGACGCGCGUCAUCGUCGUCUCUCAUCUCCGUGCGGGCUGCGGAAACGAGGCACGUCGCGCAUCCCGGCCGCAGGAUCGACGAUCUCACGCUGGGAGGUUAGAUUCACGCCAAUGAGGGACGUUAGAUGAGGAAGCUCGCGAGAUCGCCCGGACUGCAGACUCGCUAGAAUGGUGGGUAGCGUGCCCAGCGGAUGGAUGAGGAGGAUCCUCCUCUUCCUCGUCCUGAUGACCGGAGUCCUCCUGAUCGCCAUGUACGCCCAUGCACCGCCGCUCGCGUCCCUCCAGCCGUUCCCGACUCGUCGAAGACUAGAGGACUUACAAAGCAGCUUGGUUAAUUUCCUGGCUGGUAGCGAAACCACGGUCGGUCCCGAGGAACGGCUUUACGAGUAUCUGGAAGAACCUAGGACAUUUCAAAGUCCAUGGUCCUGGGCAUGUGUGGCGAGUCGAUGCGAGAGGCGAGCAGUGAGAUCCUCGAGGACAUCCCUAGCGACUUGCACCGCUCAUUGUGGAGGAAACACUCGACUGUUGUGGCCCCGACCAACCGAAAACGUCGUCCUCGGCGAUAACAGUGUUAUCCUGCACCUUCAGCAGAUCGAAUUCGUCAUCGUCGAUACGAGCGAUCAGGAGAUUAAGGACCUGCUGGAGCACGCGAAGGACGUUUUUAUUGGGAACAUCAGGAGUCUGGUAAAAGUGCCGAAUGCCAAGAGUAGAUCCGGCGUUGACACAUUCAUUAUAUAUGUGAGCGCCGGUAACGCACGCGGCACCACUUUGACUCUGGACACUGACGAGUCGUACAAACUGGAACUCGUGCCCAAGGGAAAGGUCCUGGAAGCCAAGAUCACAGGGAAAAGCUACUUCGCGGUGCGACACGGUCUCGAGACUCUCAGCCAGUUAAUCUGGUGGGAUGAAGCUGCCGGCAAGCAGGGUGCUCUUCGCAUCCUUACACGGGCCUUCAUCGAGGACAAGCCCGCGUUUCCCUAUCGCGGCCUCCUCGUCGACACCGGCAGGCAAUUCUUCCCCGUCGAAGAGCUGAAAAGGGUAAUUGACGGCAUGGCGGCUACGAAGCUCAACACCUUCCACUGGCAUCUAACCGAUUCCCAGAGUUUCCCCUUCGACUCGGCGCAGUUCCCGGAGAUGGCGAGGUGGGGCGCAUACAGUGGCGAUCACAUUUACACGCCCGACGACGUGAAGGAUCUGACCGAUUACGCGAAGAUACGCGGCGUCAGGAUCGUCGUCGAGAUUGAUUCCCCGGCCCACGCUGGCGCCGGGUGGCAAUGGGGUGCGGAGCAUGGCUUGGGCGAGUUGGCGUUGUGCGUGGACCAGCAGCCGUGGUCGGCGUAUUGCGGCGAGCCAAACUGCGGCCAACUGAAUCCCAUAAACGAGCACUCGUACCGGAUACUCGAGGGUCUGUAUCGGGAACUGCUCGAUCUGACGGAGGUGCGCGACGUAGUGCACCUCGGCGGCGACGAGGUGAAUCUCGAGUGCUGGGCGCAGUACGGCAACAUCACCCUGGCGAUGCAGGCGCAGAAUAUGACGGAUCAUCACGCGCUCUGGGCGGAGUUCGAAACGAAGAUGCUGCAACGGCUGAUCAGGGCGAAUCACGAGCGAGUGCCUAAGGCGGUGAUCCUGUGGAGUUCGCCGUUGACCAAGAGGCCGUACAUCAUGCUGUACUUUGAUCCGAAGGUCCACGUGAUCCAGUCGUGGGGUGGCAGCAACUGGCCAGAGACGCCCGACCUGCUGGAGGACGGCUUCCGCGUGAUCCUGUCGCACGUGGACGCGUGGUAUCUAGAUUGCGGCUUCGGCAGGUGGCGGGAGAGCGGCGAGGCAGCGUGCGGCGAAUACCGUACCUGGCAGACCGUCUACAAUCACCGUCCAUGGAAGGAGUAUCCGCAGCAACACCUGCCCUUGGUGCUGGGCGGCGAGGCGGCAAUCUGGACCGAGCAGACCGGACAAUCGUCCUUGGGACCUCGACUAUGGCCCAGGGCGUCCGCGCUCGCCGAACGAUUGUGGAGCGACUUGCCGACAAACACUUACUCCACGGACGAGAACGUCUACACCAGGCUGGCUGCGCAUAUCGAAGUCCUGAACAGCAGAGGCAUCAAGACCGAGUCGAUGUGGCCGCAGUGGUGCACCCAGAACCCCGGCAAAUGUCUCUGACCGAUCGUUAGAGAUUCGCGAGCUAUCGAUCGGCCGUACUACUGUACUCGCGGCGCUAAUCGCGUAAAAACGGAAUGCCAUAAGAAGCGGCAACGUCUGCCGCGUGCCCUGUCGGCAGUCGGAAUCGAUUUCGUCCGAUGCGCAGUUGCGUCGCGUAUUCACGAUCUGUGGGAGCUCUCGAUGAUGAGCGUUCUGCCGGUAGAACUGACAAUCGCUCCUGUCCGAUAAGUCACCGGACGGAUUUUCUUGUUCACAAGAAGCGCACGCCAAACGAGCCAGCGAACAAUGAUGACGAUCGAGAUUAUCACUCAGGAGCUCUCUCUCUGCGUGUCCAACGUGUAACAUGACGAAGCUACGAGAUUACGCGGGCGACGAGGAGCCGCGAGUUUAUCGACACGUAGCGUAAGGCAUAGAUAUUAACUCGACGAACGCGUUGAUAGCGUAGAAUAAAUGGGGCCUCUCAUAAGGGGGGGGGGGGAGGCCUGGCUUCGCGCGGGCUUAGUUUUAUAAGCGCCUACUUAACGAAUCGAAUAAUCGCGGUCACAAGGAGGAAAUGCGCUAUCGUUUCAGCGAAGCACUUGUGUGAUUGUCAAUCCACUGAUGUCGCUCGAGGCCCGAAUUACGUGCGAAUUAUAGAUCACGAGUCGUCAGAGAUCGAAGAUUUUUUGGUCUUUCUCAGUGUCGAGAGCGAGAAUUCGGGGAGGUACGUGACGUUCGUGGAUCCCUGCAACGAAAUUAAAUUAAAUCGCGGCGAGUUCGUUCUCCGGACUGCUCUCGGUCUCGAAUUUUUUCUGUGUUAAAGUACAAAACUGUCGCGCUUGAGCUUUUUAAGCUUUUCUAGCAUAAUACUUGCUCCUCGAGAAAUCUCGUGUUCCGUCUCGCGCUUUCGUUGGUCGAUUCGGUUAGGAUGUAAACUGGAGGACUCCUUGAACGGUUCUCUUUUAUACGAGGUUAUUCGUUCAAUCGUGUACUGCAUGACUGCAUAAUUGAGACAAUUAUGCGCAUUUCUUAUAUCAAGGAAUAACGAGUAAUAACACACAUUACCAAUGCCACUACUCCUUGUUACCUCUCGGAUUCCACGAAGGACACCAACGACGACGGCUGCCACGUGCCUCAUCAUCGCUGCGCCGUUUUAGCCGUGAACGAACGUAUGUAGCAAUUUUGUGACGCAUAAUUUAGUUUUUCGACGACCGAGAUUACUGAAAGUAUAAAUAAACGCGAGAAAGACGUAACGCGAUGCGAAUGUCGACGGACAGAGAGUGCCUGCACGUUUGCGGAUAAUCUACAUUAAAGACACUAUCGCGCACGAUGCACGCUCGACGGGAGGGAUUCGACGUCGUCGGCGCGCAAACGUGUUAAUCGAACUUUCUACUUAUCGUCAACGCAAAAUUGCUCAGGGCAGAAUAACAUAACUCUACAUUAGCGGACGCGCGCUUCUGCGUAUGCACGAGACGAACGAGCGAAAGGAUGAACGACCGAGGUGUCUCGAUCCCGCGGGAAUUUCGGCGAAGCUAUUUGAAGAAGCGUGCGCUCGCAAAAUCACCCUCGUGUAAUCACGACGGGGAUUUCGACUGAUAGAACACAACGUAAGGAAUCGAGGAGGGAAUCACCCGCUUGCCCGAUCAUUACUGCAUCACGAUGUGCGAGCGAUCACCGUCAUAGAAGCGAGCGGAGCCCGUGCUCUCUGCAGCGCAACGUGGCCUACGAAUUAUUUAAAGAAGAAAAAGGGAGGAAGAGUGAGCCUCGGAAAUUUGUAAAUACUUCAUAACGACGUAGGGAGCAACGUAUGAUAUAAUACAUUAGAUAGACGUGUAGAUAGGAAAUUAGCUAGGCAAUUAGGUAGGACUCGGAUAUUUAGGAAACUCGACUAAUUAAGAAACCGCUCACCAGAAAUAACGGGUAGGGAAGAGAGAGAAAGGGACGUAAUGCAGUCUGGAAGGGAGGACGAUAGAGAAGCUUGUACUUACCGAUACUGACACCGAUGGCUGUAAGAGGAGUCGAGCCUUUCGUGCGUUUGUAGAUAUAAGAUAUACAAUCGUAGCAACAUUAAGGAUGCUGGAUACCCGAGUGUCCCCAAUUAUGAUCGUGUGGGAAAGAAUUGAAGAAAUCAUGUGCAUGCUGAGUCACUGUAAGAAGCUUUUAAAGAAGCAGCUCAUUUCUCUCUUUUUUCAAUUGUGGCAGCUGAUAUUAAACGCUUACAAGUCAAGUCUUUUGAUUUUUCAAUUAAGAUUGAUUCUUGUUGAAAAGAUUGGAAAGAUCGACCGUUCCGCUGUCUUAGCUUUAAAUUUUUCCUGAACAUUGCCGUAUCUCAAUACCGCAAUGCUCCAGCUUGGAUGUUUAAAUCUAAAAUGCUCACUGUAAUGGAUGAGACCAAGAGCGUCAGAUAAACUUGCAGACGUUCAGUUGAAGUAGUUGGAGUAGAAGUGGAGUUACUCCACUUACUAUCUUACACCCAUGUCAUCAUAAUGAGAUAUAAGCGCAGGUAUCGAGAAUCCUUAAGAUUGCAGCAAGAUUGCGCACGAAUUGCUUCUCCAGUUAUUUCUUAUGUCAAGUUCGUCUCGAGUUAAUUUCGGCGGAGAGGCGAAGAUCGGCGGACGACGUUGCGCGCGAUCGAUCGACGAUCCUGUAAAGAACAAGAAUUUUACAGCGCUUAGGGCGGUGAUAUUUACGGUACGUAUACUUACGUUAUGCGACUCUCUUGCAUUGAUGAUGCGACGACGAAUGUAUGUAAAUAGGAGGAACGCGAGUUGCGUGCGUGUGCGUGCGUGAUCUGUGCGAGUGCGUGGUGCUCUUCGAGAUCCCAGAAAGAUAUACCCUGUUAUGACGUGUCUGCUCUACACGGAUUUAACAUAAAGUAAAUUUUGAAUA